AUGAGCUCCGUCGAAGCCAACCUGAAGGAUGUUGCCAUCCUCGGCAAUAUCUCUAAUGACGCUCGUAAGAUCCUGACCAAGGAGGCCUGCGCCUUCCUGGCUAUUCUGCACCGUACCUUCAACCCGACUCGCAAGGCCCUGCUCCAGCGCCGUGUCGACCGCCAGGCCAACAUCGACAAGGGUGUCCUGCCCGACUUCCUCCCCGAAACGAAGCACAUCCGCGAGAAUGACGCCUGGAAGGGCGCGCCCCCCGCUCCUGGUCUGGUGGAUCGUCGUGUUGAGAUCACCGGCCCUACUGACCGCAAGAUGGUCGUCAACGCUCUCAACUCCGAUGUGUGGACCUACAUGGCCGAUUUCGAGGACUCUUCCGCUCCCACCUGGGAGAACAUGAUUAACGGUCAGGUCAACCUCUACGAUGCCAUUCGCCGCCAGGUGGACUUCCAGCAGGGUGGUAAGGAGUACAAACUCCGCACUGACCGCGCCCUGCCUACUCUCAUUGCCCGUGCCCGAGGCUGGCACCUUGACGAGAAGCACUUCACCGUCGACGGCGAGCCCAUCUCCGGUGGUCUCUUCGAUUUCGGUCUGUACUUCUUCCACAACGCCAAGGAGCUCGUCGCCCGCGGUCACGGCCCCUACUUCUACCUGCCCAAGAUGGAGUCCCACCUCGAGGCCCGCCUCUGGAACGACGUCUUCAAUUUGUCCCAGGACUACAUCGGUCUCCCCCGCGGUACCAUCCGUGGAACUGUUUUGAUCGAGACCAUCACCGCCGCCUUCGAGAUGGACGAGAUCAUCUACGAGCUUCGCGACCACAGCUCCGGCUUGAACUGCGGCCGCUGGGACUACAUCUUCUCCUUCAUCAAGAAGUUCCGCCAGCACCCCAACUUCGUCCUCCCCGACCGCUCCGCUGUCACCAUGACCGUCCCCUUCAUGGACGCCUACGUCAAGCUCCUCGUCAAGACUUGCCACCGUCGCGGUGUCCACGCAAUGGGCGGCAUGGCCGCUCAAAUCCCCAUCAAGAACGAUCCCGCCGCCAACGAGAAGGCCAUGGAGUCCGUCCGUGCUGAUAAACUCCGUGAGGUUCGCGCCGGCCACGACGGCACCUGGGUUGCUCACCCGGCCCUGGCCGCCAUUGCUUCGGAAGUCUUCAACAAGUACAUGCCAACGCCCAACCAGCUCUUCGUCCGCCGCGAGGAGGUGAACGUUACAGCCAACGAUCUCCUGAACACCAACAUCCCAGGCAGUAUUACCGAAGAGGGCAUUCGCAAGAACUUGAACAUCGGUCUGUCCUAUAUGGAAGGUUGGCUCCGCGGUGUCGGCUGUGUCCCUAUCAACUUCCUCAUGGAAGACGCCGCGACUGCUGAAGUCUCCCGUUCCCAACUGUGGCAGUGGGCCAAGCACAACGUCACCACUGCCGAGGGCAAGAAGGUUGAUAAGAACUACAAUCUGCGUCUACUGCAGGAGCAGGCUGACAGCCUUGCUGCCAAGGGAUCCAAGGGUAACAAGUACCAGCUUGCGGCGAGAUACUUCGCUGGCCAGGUUACUGGUGAAGAUUAUGCCGACUUCUUGACCAGUCUGCUUUAUAAUGAGAUCUCGUCGCCCGGCAGUGCUGCCAAGCUGUGA